CACGUGUGAAAAACCUUUCACUGCAUGUGCUUUGCAUCCCUAGAUUCGUUUAGGGAUACGGUUCACAACUUUUGUUAUAAAAUUCAAAAAUUUUAAGGAUAUCCUUUUAAAAAAAUUCAAAAAAAUUACAAAAUCCCCCCGAAAACCCAAAAAAAUAGUCUAUCCGUGGUUAGUCGACAACAAACAAAGAGCUGUGCGAAAUGUCUAAUCCUGCUGUUGGAAAUCCUCCUCUCUCCUCGAGCAGUUUGCCGAUUGCUUCCCUGUAUGUGGGAGACCUCUCACCGGAUGUCACCGAGGCAAUGCUUUUCGAGAAGUUCUCUCAAAUAGGACCCGUUCUGUCUAUUCGCGUGUGCAGAGAUGUGGUUACUAGAAGAUCGCUUGGAUAUGCAUAUGUCAACUUCCAAAAUCCUACUGAUGCGGAGAAAGCCAUCGAUCAGUUGAAUUUCGAGCCUAUUAAAGGCGAUAAACCCAUGCGUAUAAUGUGGACGCAAAGGGAUCCUAGUCUCAGGAAAUCAGGUGUCGGAAACAUUUUCAUCAAGAACUUGGACAAAAGCAUCGACAAUAAGGCUCUUUGCGAUACAUUCGGAGCCUUUGGAAAAAUUUUGUCUUGCAAGAUUGCCCUGGACGACAAAGGCAAAUCGUUGGGAUAUGGGUUUGUGCACUACGAGAAGCAAGAGUCUGCAGAUGCUUCAAUUGGACAAUUGAAUGGCAAACUGCUGAAUGACAAACAAGUGUUCGUAGGGCCAUUUAUUCCUAAAAAAGAGCGGGACAGAGCGACGGAGGGCAAAAGGAAGUUCACGAACUUGUACAUCAAGCAUAUUCGUGAUGAUGUCUCAGACGAUCAGUUGAAGGAACUUUUUUCAAAGUUCGGAAGUAUUUCAAGUGUCUAUCUCCAAAAGGACAUGGAUGGGCGAAGUAAAAAAUUUGGAUUUGUGAGUUUCGAAGAUCCUGAAUCCGCAAAUGCUGCUAUGACUGAAAUGCAAGGGAAGGAUGAUAUCCCCGAAGUACAAGAGGGCAAAAAACUAUACAUCGCACCCGCUAAGAAGAAGGCUGAAAGACAGCAAGAACUGCGAGAGAAGUUUGAGCGCAUCAAGCAAGAGAGGGCAAACCGGUACCAGGGCGUGAACCUGUAUAUCAAAAACCUGGAGGACGAUAUUGACGAUGCUGAUUUGCGCAAAGCGUUCGAACAGUUUGGAACUGUAACAUCAGCAAAAGUAAUGAUGACUGAGAACGAAAUUUCACGAGGUUUCGGAUUUGUCUGCUUUAGUUCUCCCGAGGAAGCUACUAAAGCUGUGACUGAAAUGAAUGGUCGUAUUCUCAAGUCGAAGCCCCUCUAUGUUGCUCUGGCUCAACGUAGAGAUGAGAGACAAGCGCAGUUGAAUCAAAUGUACAACCAAAGGCAAAUGCCAGGUCUGCGCGUUGGGCCUGCUGCUCAUCAAAUACCAGUGUUCCCCCAGGGUGGUGCCGCCCAAAAUGCAUACUUCAUGGCAGCUGGCCCAGCUGGAAUGGCAGCCCCACGAGGAAAUUUUUUCCCCGCAAUGGCUGCAUCUGGUGUCCGAGGGCCGUCGCCAAGGUGGCCUGCUUCGGCCGCUGCUAUGCGACCAGGCCCACAGCCAGGGGUUGGAGGAAUGGGAAUUCCUGGGCAAGGUAUGUACAGAGGAAACCCGCCUAGGGCUAGUGUGCAGCAGCCGAAUAUGCCACGUGGACAGCCCAAUCCAUCGCUACAACAAAAUGCAUCUAGGAUGCCUAUGUCGUCAAUGAUGAGACUUCCUGCUGCUCAACAAGCUAUUGCAGCUCAAAUGGCUGCCGCUCAAGCUCAGCAGGCGGCGAUGCAACCUCAACCACAGAGGCACAUGAAAUACGGUGGAGCCACUGGAGUAAAUUUGAGGAAUCCAGGUGUGCAACCUCAGGCGGGAGCACCCAAUUCCUCUGCAGGGAUGAUGCAAAAUGGCAAAGGGGGAGGAAAGAAGCUGGCAAUUGAUUCUCAACAGUUGGCAGGUUGCACUCCGCAGCAGCAAAAGCAAACACUUGGUGAGUAUCUCUACCCGAUCAUCGCGGAAAUGCAGGGUGUGGAUCUUGCAGGUCGAAUAACUGGCAUGUUGCUUGAGUUGGAUAACUCUGACUUGAUGGACAUGCUGGGGGCACAUGACGAAGGAGGAGAAGAGUUAAAGAAAAAGGUGGACGAGGCUGUUGCUGUCAUCAAAGCACAUGCCGCACGUGAAGCAGUCACUUCUGUGACUCGCCAAGCCAUGGAGACCUAAAAAUCAGUCAAGCUAUGGCAAGGAACACGAAUCAGCGCAGCAAAAACAAGUAGAUCAUUCAUUCAUCACCAAAAAUUUCGAUUACUCUGGAACUCGGACUAUCUUGACAGCUCCUUUGUGUCGUGUACAGCCACAAUAAAAAAAACAAAAUUCAGUUCUCUAAAUGCUCGAACACGAAGACUUGCUGGCUACCUUAUAAUAACAGACUCUAAAGAAAAGACAAGGACUUGCUCAUUUUUGUUUUCCUAUAUCCAGAUAUCGAUUCUGAUAGUGCAAAUUCAAAAUUACUUAUGUGAGAUAUAAAUAAGCUGCAAUAGUCAGAAUCGAUGAAACUUUUGACUUAUUCUCUAAUGUUAAUGCUUGGGAUCUGCCUCUUAUAUGAGUGCUCCUUUCGCUUUGUGUUAAAAGUCUUUUCGAGAGCCAUCGUUGUUUAUGUAGCUAAAAGCUUGUCUUUGGAUUGGAUAUUAAAAACCAAGGAUCCUUAAAAAAAGCUGUUCAAUCGUUUGAGUUGCUUUAAAGUAUCUUAAUCACGUUCGACGCUUGUUCAAAAAAAAAGUAUAUACUCUUG